AUGGCUAUGGACGCAGAUAGAAGGCUCACCAAGGCAUUGGAGGCGGCCAAUGAUGCUCUUCAACAUCUCUCCAUGUCGCCCGACUUCAAUUGUCUGGAUUGCACACAUAUCGACAGACUGCUCGGAAGAGUAGUUGACCUACCUACCGAGGGCAACCAGAGAAAUAGCAGGCGAAAUCUUCUGGUGAUAAGACAGUGGAUGAUUACUGAAGGCCCUGGUGUUGUUCUGCUGGAGGUGCUCGGCCAACUGUACUGGCGGCUAGGAGAGCUGAACAGCAAGCAAUUCGAAAAGUUCAAGAACACUUUGCAGCAACAGCAGCCUUACCUAUCACUCAUACAAGACACCGCCGCGGUCACUUUGGUCAUCCAACGUAUAAGACACAUUCAAAGGUCGAAGGCAGAUGCUUGCCAAGACUUUCUCUGUGAGCUUUCGGACCUCACCGGAAUGAGGGGUAAGUCUUUCGCCUUCUUGAAGAUAGUUUGUGUACUGACUCUGAUAGUCGACUCACCAGUGGCUGAAAUGGACGUUUUGCGGGCCAACUCCAACAGCCCUUUUACGCCUCAGUCCGUACACUCGCUAGACAGUAACGCAUCGCAAGAAACUGGCUUCGUCAGUCUCAUCAAAUAUGUCCCCUCAAGUACAAUGUGGGGAGGCGAUAUGGAACAAACUCUCAAGGACUUCUACAUCAACGGCGUCUGCCCUGGUCGCAGUGUUUCCACGCAAUCGAAUGCGUACACCGCUAUGUUGCAGAUAGCGAACACAUGUCUUAGUACACGCUUUGCGCUACUAAGCUUGUCCGCAUCAUACAUCUGCGAGUAUCUCCCAUCCCAGAAGGAGGCAUAUCAUCAAGCAGAAUUAUACUACUCUACGCAAGCGCUGAAGGCCUUGGCCACACAGAUCAGCAUCGGACAGGACUAUGAUGGCGCGCUCGCCACCAGUAUGUUGCUCAUGCACCACGCAGCGAUCAACGGCGAAGACUCGCCGCUUUGUUGGUCAUGCCACGCCAACAUCUUCGACAUGAUACCCUUGGAAAUGGUCAAUCACCAAUCUGAUGCCGCACUUUUCAUUCGAACACAACUAGCGCUCGCUCGAACAGCACAGACAUGCUUCCAAUUACAAAAUACCCAGUUUCACUCGCUCGAGAAGAAGAACUGGUAUGAAAGCACACCCACCCCAGAGACUCAGCAAAUCGACGUCACAUUGGGAGCUUCGCCCCAGCUCAUACAUCUAAUCUCAUCUAUCACCACCUUGGCGACCGAUAUAACGAGCCCAAAUAGGCUGGUGUAUGCUCAACUUCAAGAGGUACAGCUGCAGAAUCUUAAACAAUGGACCACUGAGGCGCAGACCUCAGAGAAGGAAGUGUUGCUCGCAACGGCUGAAGCAUUCCGAUUCACCCGCUUCCAUCCCUCCAUCCUCGAGCUUUCAGAUUCACUGCAUACUGUCAUACUUUCUCUUCCAGUCAAAGGCAGCCUCUUCACAGCCAUCUAUCCAGUCUGGCCACUCUUCAUUGCCGCAGUCACAGCCAACUCGGACAAACGCGACCGUCUCUAUCAACGUGUGGUACCUAUCCGAGAGGGUGACAAGAACACACUUCCAGCAGUUCUCAAGCGCGUGAGUGGAUUGCGAAUCUGGCUCGCCAGCCAAGACCCAUCUUGCCUUGGCAAAGAAGGAUGGUGGGACGAGAUGCUGAGCCCCAGUAGCAGCACGACAGCCCUGGGAUCAAAACUAUUGUGCCUUGGCUGA